AUGCGCUGGAUUGGGAAACCGCUGACGGAAACUGCAUUUAUUUUGGAGGCUGGAGGAGCCCGAACAUUGAGUUAUGAGCAUCACAACAUAGACGAGCCAGCCAUUCUCCUCGGAGGAGCUUUUGAUGUUGACGACUAG